UGUCUCACUUCCAUGCCAUAUCGUAGUUUGGCCAACAGGUGGCGACAUAGAGAUCCUCGUGUAAUUUGUCUUACAGUUGCAACCCUGCAGAACUCCAAACCGAAUCCAGAUAAAAAAACAACAACAUUGAAUCAUCACUUAGCUUUGCGCAAAUAUAUGCGCUGAAGCCAGACGUGCGUCGAAGCGAUUUAGGGGGGCGAGCGUAACAGGUUAUGCAAGAAGUUGUCAAACACCGCCCAUCAGGUGUGUUGUGUUCGGAGAGGUGACUCACUGGAUCAGGGAUCAGUGGAGUGGAAGAGAGUUGUACUUCAGGGAUCGUUCUUUACUUUAGAUCAACAACCCGUGGGAACCUACAUGCCUGCCGCCCAUAAACCUUCCCCAAGGGACUGUCGAAGUUGAGAAAGCAUCGAUGUUUUUCCGUCUCGUGUGUCGGACAUGGCCUCUGCUUCUCCUGGGAGGGUUGCUGCUGUCAGGAGUGCCUCUCGUCUCAGGUAUUGAGAUCUUUGCUCCCACUGCAGUGGAAGGAGUUAACGGGACCAAUGUUAAACUCAAGUGCACCUUCCGCUCCAGUCACCCUGUGUCAGCCCAAUCCGUCAUCGUGUCCUGGAACUUCCGGCCACUGAAUUCCAAAAGAGAGGAGUCGGUGUUCUACUACCAGGAGGUACCAUACCCACCCCAAAGCGGACGUUUCAAAGACCGUGCGGUGUGGUCAGGAGAUGUUACGAGAUAUGACGCCUCCAUCACCCUGCAUGAGGUACCCCCGACCUUUAAUGGCACAUACAUCUGCAACGUACGCAACCGUCCAGAUGUGCACGGCAGCAACAGAGAAACCAUCCUCACAGUUGUCAACAAAGCCUCGCUCUCCGAGAGCACCAUCCUGCUCAUCGCCAUCGCCGGCAGUUGCGCACUGAUCCUACUCAUUCUCGGAAUCUUUGUGGCUCUGAAGUACAAGAGGAAGAAGAGGAGGGGGGAGGACACGGAGAUGCACACCCGGGAACCUGAGCGCAAGGAUCCGACCGUGUGUAAACCCGAGGAGGCAGUGCAUCUCACUCUUAUCAAAGAGAAGAAGGAAGUUGAGAGCUCAGAUGAUGAAGAGUCUGAGCCGAGCAGCGGCGAUGACGAUGAAGAGGAGGACGGAAGUGAAGAAGAUGAUGAUGACGACGACGACGAUGAUGGUGAUGACGGCGAUGAUGAUUAAAUGGGACACAACUGCCAUUACAUUACUGUACAUCAUUACAUGUACACCCGCCAUUUUGGCUCUGUUUGUUUUACGCAAACACAAACAAUUUUGGUACUUUUGACUUUACGCUUUUACCGUCUACUUGCAUUGGGGCCAAUUGGGGCAGUGACCCCCACCAGAUACAGCAGAUGUCCUGCACAGGAAGGUGUUGCGGCAUACGUCGAUUGAUGUCAAUUCAACUUGUGCGUCUGUUCAAGGUGAAGCCUUUCCUCUUUAGCUUCAUUGACUCUGUUGCUGCUGCUGCUGCUGCUGCUGCUGCUGCUGGGUCAGCGCUGUGUGUUGGAGUUGUCAUCUUACAACUAACCAGUACAAUGCAUACAAUGUUUUUUUAUGUUGCUGCCACUUUCCCCUUACUAGGACCACCAUUAUGGAUGAGUUGAACAAUGCACGACAUAACAUUCACCUGCCAUACUUUAUACUUCAAUGAGGCGUUCCAACACUGCUGCGAAAUUAUGAUUGUUCUUCCACAAUGCGAUACGUUUUUUGUACAUUGGUAACGUUGCACACAUUAUUUUGUAUUUUGAUUUUGUACAUACCGUACUGUUAGAGAUUCACCUUUUUUAUGAUCAAAUCUGAAUUAUCACUUGUUUAUAUUUUGAAAUAAACAUAUUUCUAAGACUGAAGUUGAGUCUGUGUAA